AGGAGGAGGGAGAGUCUGAGAGAAACAACUUAAGACGUGAGAGCUGAAGACUGUAGUCAGUACACAGUGAGAACAGUCAGAGUGGGAACAAGAGAAAAAGACUUGAAAAUAUCCACCACUAUCAAACAGAGAUGACGUCACUGUGCAGGAACCCGGCUCUGCUUCUCCUUUUUCUGAGUGCCUCCCCUCUCCUCCACUCCUGCCUUCUUCACUCACGCUGCCUCCGCUUCUCCUCCUGUCACUCGUUUCCGUAUCAUAUACAUGACUGCCCCAGGCUCAGAUGACUAUGAUGAAGAGGACGAUGACAUCUUUGGAAAACCCAGCCCUCCUCCUAAAGUGGUAGUAUCGGGGAGGAAAACCACCCUCUAUCAAGCGCCGCAGCUCUGCAAAAUCGACCCCUGCAUGGAGAAUCAGGAGCCCUGUGAACAGCUUUCAGAAAGGACCAGGUGCCUCUGUCCUGGGGUCAGCGGGGCUGAUAAGCCUCCUCAUGCACCCCGCAUCCAAGGGCUGCUGCCAGUCAGUGGGGUUGACAGAGGGAAGAUAGAGAUCAAGUGGUGUGCUCCAUCUUCUGUGGUGUCUGAGUACAGAGUGGUGAUAGAUGGGAGUGAAGUCCUGAAAUUUAGGGGCAUUUCACGACAAGGUUUGCUCAAACCUUUGGAGGCUGGAACUAAGGUGUGUGUGGAGGCGGUGAACAAUGCGGGACAAAGCACCCCCUCAGAUUUCUCCUGCAAGCGGUAUGAGCCCCCUGAAUCUUCUGACAUAAAACUGCUGGCUGGGGUUAUAGGAGGAGGAGUCGCCCUCCUUCUUCUUCUCAUCCUAGGAGGUAUGAUCAUCUGGAUGCAUCAGAUGCGUAAAAAGGCAAAGAAAGACUCCACUAAUGGACUAGGGAACCCUUCUUACAGUACAGAGGGGGACUCUGUGAUCCAGAUCAGCACACACAAUCCAUCCUGGUCACACUAAGCGGGCCCCUGUGGACAGGGGACAUAGCAACGGUGCAAUCAUGAACAAAAGACAAACAGUUCUAGGCUGAUGUUGUAACUGAUUAUAAAACUAAGAAGCUCUUUAAUGUGUCCUGUUUCGAGGAAGAUGUAAAUAUAUUGGGAGAGAGAGGAUAUGUGCUCAUGGAGAAACACUAACUCAUUCUGUUAUUUUGUGAUAGAACUACAGGUUUAUUUGCUGGCAAAUUGACCUUUUUAGGUUUAUUGUAGUGGGUUGUUUUUUGUCUUUAUUGUGGCUGCAUUUAAUUGUAAGUAUUAAUUCUUAGGAUAUAAAUACUGAUUUUUGUAAGAACUAAAACUUAUUUUAAUAAAAACUUUCUAAAAGGU